ACCCCGAUCCGAUCAAGUUGCGCAUGCGUACCUCAGAAGGUCCACGAAAGCAGAAAGAUGGACUACUUCCGAAAAUAUCUAAGUGCUCCACAAGGGACUGCUGGACAGCCAACUGGUGUUGAAACGGUUGAACGUCUUGUUGAUAGGGUGCAGUCCUCUACAUUACUGGAAGACAGAAGAGAUGCAGUUCGUGCACUUAAAGCAAUGUCUAAGAAAUUUCGACUGGAAGUUGGAACUCAAGCGAUGGAUACACUGAUACAGACACUGGAAACAGACAGGAGUGAUUCAGAAAUAACUGGAUAUGCAUUAGAUGCUCUCUGUAACGUUUUGUCUAAUGAGCCCUCAGAUGAUGAUGAUGAAUCUAAUGUCCCAGCAAACCUUCCUGGUGAUCUGGGUGCACAGUUCACCGAAAUAUUUACCAAGAAAAAAGAAAAUGUCUCCCUCCUUCUCUCACUUUUGGAGGAAUAUGACUUCCAUGUUAGAUGGCCAACAGUUAAGCUGUUGACCAUUCUUUUAACUAAUAAAGGCAAAGAACUACAAGAGGCUAUCCUUGUCAGUCCGAUGGGUGUGUCCAAAUUAAUGGACCUGUUAUCUGAUAGUAGAGAGAUUAUUCGUAAUGAUGCAUUGCUACUAUUGACUCAGUUAACAAAAGGCAAUACAAACCUACAGAAAAUUGUGGCAUUUGAGAAUGCUUUUGAGCGAUUGCUGGACAUCGUGAAAGAUGAAGGCAACAGUGAUGGAGGUAUAGUUGUGGAGGACUGUCUCCUUCUACUCACUACACUUUUGAAGAACAACUCGUCUAACCAGAAUUUUUUCCGGGAGAGCAGCUACAUCCAACGAUUGACCUCAUACUUUGACCUAGAUUCACAACACACUCAUUCCCAGGCAGGCUGGUCAGCACAAAAAGUCACCAAUCUCCACCUCAUGCUGCAGUUGGUGAGGUGUCUUGUGUCACCCAAUAGUCCCCAGCAACAAAUAACUGCCUGUCAGAGGACCAUGUUUCAGUGUGGUUUGCUGAAGCAGCUUUGUACAAUACUGAUGGCCAGUGGAGUACCUGCUGAUGUUUUAACAGAAACAAUUAAUACUGUGGCAGAGGUCAUCAGAGGAAACCUACAAAACCAAGAAUAUUUUGCCUCUGUAAUGGCACCUUCAAAUCCCCCAAGACCAGCCAUUGUAGUCCUUUUGAUGUCUAUGGUGAAUGAAAAACAACCCUUCCCCCUGAGGUGUGCUGUUCUCUACUGCUUUCAGUCUUUCUUGUAUAAGAAUGAAGUUGGCCAGUCACAGAUUGUAACUACUUUAUUACCCACCUCAUCAGAUGCAAACCAGAUAACUGCAGGGCAGUUAUUGUGCGGAGGUCUGUUCAGUGCAGACUCGCUGUCUAAUUGGUUUGCAUCAGUGGCUUUGUUACAUGCCAUACUAGAGAACAACACACAGAAAGAACAGUUGUUGCGAGUCCAGCUGGCCACCAGUAUUGGUAGUCCACCAGUUUCACUUCUACAACAAUGUUGUAAUAUACUGGCUCAGGGAGGAAAACUGCAGACCAGGAUUGGUUUGUUACAGUUGCUGUGUGUGUGGAUGACAGAUUCCCCCAUCACUGUUGCUCAUUUCCUUGCCAACACUGCUAAUGUACCAUAUCUUAUCACACAAGUUUCAGCCUCAGAUAGUGAUGAAAAUGAGUCCAUGGUGCAAGGUCUGUGUGCCUUUCUACUGGGCAUUACCAUUCUGUAUAAUGAUGAACAGAAUGAAACAUUUAACAAGGCCUCUUUGAGACAGAUUAUUGAAAAGAGGAUAGGACUUGAAACCUUCACAGAAAAAUUAUCACAAGUUCCCAAGGGUGAAAGUUACACAAAAGCAGCCAAGAAACCACAUGUUAGUUACAAACAACCCAUUGAAGCCACCUUUGAUUAUGAGUUCACGAGAUUAUUUAAAGCUCUAGAAGUUGAAGCUCUAGAUGCAGUGUCAACAGAGGCAGGAAGGAAGGAAAACAAAGCCAAGCUAGCGAACCUACAGCAACAUGAACUGGUGGUCAACCAGUAUAAAGACAUCAUCCAGGAGCAGGAUCAAAGGUUGAAUGACCUUCAGCAAAAACACCUAGAACUACAGUCUAAACAUUCCAUGUCAGCAGAAGAAAUCAGUCAACUGAAGGAACAGGUGCAACAACUCAAGGAUCAGAACUCUCUACUCAAAGUGCAGAAAGGUGCUCAAACUAAUCAGGCAGCAGAUGCAAAGAAAGAUGAGGAGAUCCGCUCUCUGCAAGAACAACUGGAGAAAAUGAGAUUAGACAAUGCUAACAAAGAUUCUUCUAUAGAAAAAUUAAAAACAGAUGUUACAAUGUUGGAAGCCAGAAUAGUGAAUAAUGCAGAGGAGGAUAAGGAAAAUAUUGUCCCUAGUGAAUCGGAAGUGUUACAAACAACCAUUAAUAGACUUCAAAGUGAAUUACAUGAACUGCGGACAGGCUUGGCAGAAAAAGAUAACGAAAUUAGUCGCCUUGGUGUUCAAAAUAAUGAGGCAGAGAGCCAAAUUCAGUCCUUAAAACAAAGGUUAGAGAGCAGUGCUGAAAUCCAGGCAGAUCCAGCAGAAAUGGCCAAACUAAUGGAGGAAAAAAUGACCCUACAGGAAAGACUUAAAAAGUCAAAUGAAGAGAAUUUAAAACUAUUGGAUAAAUUUAAUAAAAUGGAAGAAGAAAAGAAUAAUGUACUUAAAGAGAAAGGAGGAGUACAAGAGGAACUAGAAACAUUGAAAAAAGAACAAGAAGAUCUUCUGGUGCUGCUGGCCGACCAAGAUACAAAAAUAGAAAACUACAAAAAAUUACUGAAAGAAAACAAUAUUCCAGUAGAAGAUGAUGAUGAUGAUGAAGAUGACGAUGAUUUAGAUGAUGAUGUUGAUGAAGAUUAACAAAAAUUUAAUAGUUUAUUUAUAAAACUGAUUGAAAUUUUAAACGCUUUUUAGUGUAAGACAUUGAAAAAUGUCAAAACAGUCGCUUUAAGAGGCAAGGUCAAAGCUUUCCAAGAGAUGAAACUAGUCUGUGAUAGAAGAUACAAAAAGUGCAAUUGUAAGAACUCUGAAUUCAUAAUUUCUAGAGCAUGUUUUCUGAAUAAAAUUUAAAUGGACACCAGCUUAAUUCUUCCAUUUUGUCCAUGUCUGUAUAUUUUGAUGGGAAGAUCAUUUUUAUGAAUGUAUUUAUUGCAAGUGAAAGAAUUUUAGAAUUAUUUAUUGAUUUAAAUAUUUCUGUAAAGUGUAUUAUAGGGUGACAACUUUAAGAUUUGUACACAUUUAUUGUACUAGGUUGUUCAUAAUAAAUCAUUACAUAAGAAAUAA